AUGUCUUUGGAGGGUAGUAUGAGGCAUUAUUUGGAGUCAGUCGGACUGCGAGAGAUUUGCCUUCAAUUGGAGGGUCACGGAUUUAACCAACUUAGUGAUAUCUUGAGUAUGGAUGACGAAGAUCUUGCUGCUGUAAUUCCUGACGACGAAUCAAAGAAGAAGUUUAAGACAACACUCCAUCAAGACGCGAGACUUAUGAAAAUUUGGCUGGACUCUCUGGGCCUUGGUCAGUAUUAUGAGCAGUUCCAGGCCUCUGGAUUGACAAGUUUGGCCCGAUGCUCUGGUCUGAGCCUGCGGUCUCUGGACGGCGUAAAUUUUAACCUCCCAGGACACAAAAAGAGGGUUUUCAGGGAAGCUCAGAGCCUGCUGGGUUACGGAACAGUAAUGGCAGAGGGAGCCUGGGAAGAGCAUGAGCAGUUGAGGGGUGGAAGGUUCGGUAAAUUUCUUUGUCUCACAGCUGACAUUUUUGCCCGUGACACGCAAGAUAAGCGGGAUAACCCGAAUGAAGGCGCUGCUGCUGUCCCACACCGGAGGGUGAAGUUUAUGGUGGAUUCUGGAAGUGACAUUGUCACACUAGAUGAUGACAUCAUCAAGGAAUUGCAGCUGCCUGUUAAGGGUUGUGCAAAGCAGGAAGUACCAGGAGGACAGAUACAGGAAAAGCCUUUAUACAGCGCCUGUCUUGGAAUUGGCGGGAAAAUGCUGAACGUCGAGGUACUUCCAGACAAUGUUAGCACUUUGGGAACUCCAGUGCUCUGGGAAUUCCGUCAUCGCAUCGAUGGAGAAAAACAUUUGUGGCUCUCCAAAGCUGACGAGUUUGGCAUCAAAUCAUAAAGGGUUCAGCACUCUUGUCAUUUAGCUUUCCAUCUCUUUAUAUUCUUAGGCUUUGAAAAAGUUUUUUUUUACCUUACAUCUGUUAUUAAACAGUCUAGCAUGCUUCCAAAAUAUAGUUGUAUGACUAUAAAUGAGGCUCAUGGAACGUGAAUUCCUGCGAUGUUUUAAAACUGACAUAGCUGUAGUAUAGUACUUAUUAUUUACUGUUGUCAGUGUCUUUCAUA